UAUCAGAUGUUUAGACUCUCAUUCUGACGGCACCCAUUCACUGCAAAGCAUCCAUUGAUGAGCAACAUGCGUAAUGCUAAAUUCCUCCAAAUCUGUUCUGAUAAAGAAUAAGUUUUCAUUUUUGGAUUGAAUCAUUCCUUUUAAAAAAAAAGACACACUUCAGCUUAAAACAAUGCAAAAUUGUUAUUAUGGGUCACUAUCUGUGACAGGUUGAAAUUUUUAACCUUUUGGCUGUUUACAACUCGCUUUGAACACAACAGGUGUGUCACAUUACAGUCAUUAUACUGUUUGCUGAGUCCCUGAAUGCUGGACAAACAUUCCUGCAAUAGCUGCAUAUGAGUGAAAUAAGAAAAAUCCACAGGGAAAUAAACAAAUUUUUAAACAUUCAGUUCAUCUGCUGUCACCACAUUAACAUCUUCACUUGUGGCUGGUAUGAUAUAACGAGCCAGGACAUAAUAAAACACACAAUGUGAUUUAUUGUCCUGGCUAAACACCCAAAUCACUGGUAAUCCAGCGUAUCUUGAUUAAAAACACAAACAUAACAUUUUUCUGAUGCAACAUUCGCCUUUCUCCUACAUCUGUGUGUCUGUUGGAAUGAUAUAAGAACACAGAUGUUAGCGCAAUAGCCAAUGGCGAUCAGGAGGGGGCUGGUCUGGACCACUUUCCACUCCAUCCUGUCUUUUAAAACUCUGGGAAGUUCACGAAACUAUCAGACUUGAUUUUGAAGAACGGGAGGAAACCAAUUCAUUGGUCAAGCCACUCAAGAACUUGAGAAACUUUUUCGGGGCGCGUCUGAAAUUUAUUUCGUGUUACCAGCAGCUGCCCAUCAGUGGCUGUGGCACUAUGUGGGACUUCACUGUCGUGACGUUGGUGCUGUCUGCCGUCUUUGUUGUGUCUCUGGCACAAGGACCCAUCUGGGACAGCUCACAUCUUCGGAGGUUAAACAAAACGGACAGGAACAGAAAGCUGCCUUACAACAGCCUCGUGGAGCCACAGACCACAGGCGUAACCGAAUGGACAUCCUGGUUCAAUAUUGACCAUCCGGGAGGAAAUGGUGACUACGAGAGGCUAGAAGCCAUUCGCUUUUACUACCGGGAACGGGUCUGCUCACGACCUGUAGCCAUGGAGGCCCGUACCACGGACUGGGUUGCAGCUGCGGAUACGGGGGAGGUGGUCCAUUCCAGUCUGGAGAAGGGCUUCUGGUGCAUCAAUAAGGAACAGCCAUCAGGUCGCAGCUGCUCCAACUACCAUGUGCGAUUCCAGUGUCCACCAGUCCACUCGUACUGGACCGACUGGAGUGAAUGGACGCCUUGCUCGGCCACCGCCUGUAACGAUGUUGGCAUCCAAGUCCGGCAGAGGAAAUGCAUGAGCACGCAACCUCUUCCACUGCUGCUUUCGCCUGUCUGCGUGGGGCCUCACAUCGAACGGAGAGAGUGUUCAACCCCACCAUGUGAAGCUGUGUGGAGCAAAUGGGGUUCAUGGAGUGCUUGCUCAGUGACCUGUGGGAAAGGUCGCAAGACAAGACGUAGGACAUGUCACAGAUCUUCUACUAAGAUUCAGUGUACAGGACGACCAGUGGACGUCCAAAAGUGUGAAAAUCCAUGUCCAGUGGCAUGCAAACGUGUCUGUCCCGGGGGACGUCCCAGUACCGACUGCAACUACUGUAUCUGUGAUGGACAAAUACUACAUGGGGAGGUCUUCAGUAUUACGGGAGUCCCAGUGCCAAACGCCACGGUGGCUCUGGCUAGCCAAGCCAAGGUCGUCCGUGCCCACACUGAUGCCAAGGGUCAGUUUAAGAUUGAUGGACUGUGCACCAGCCCACAGACCAGAGUGGUUAUUAAAAAGGAUAAAUUUGCACCUGUUACACUCCCCGUUUCCAACAAUAGCACUGAUGAACUUUGGGUACGGGCUAUUUUACGGUCCUCAGAAAAGCCUUACAUUGAGAAGCAUCCAGAAGACAAAGUGCGUUAUGAGGGACAACGUGCAACCCUUUGCUGUAGAGCAAUAGGAUCACCAAAACCUGACAAAUAUUACUGGUACCACAAUGGAACCUUACUGAAUCGCACAAUAUACAAGUACGACGAAGAUUUGAUAUUGCGGGACCUGAAACCAGAGCAGUCAGGGCAAUAUCACUGCAAAGCAACUAGUCUGACAGGCAGCAUCAAGUCUACUUCAGCCGUCCUAACUGUUUUCGCUAAAGGAACACCAGCAUGCAACGCAACACCUGAAACUCAUCUGAUCAAAUUGCCACUGGACUGCAAGCAGCCUGGAACAGACUCCAAGUUUUACAAUGCAGGUCGCUGUCCACACAACAAAUGCCCUGGGUCAUUGGACUUUGACAUGCGCUGCAGGGAUGGAUCUGGCUUCUGCUGUGGGGUCAAACAAAUGGAUGCCAGAGAGAUCAACUGUGGCCGUUACAUCCUGCCUAUUAAGGUUGUGAGUGAGUGUGGCUGCCAGACUUGUGUGGAACCCAAAGUUCUUGUACGGGGCAGGGUGGUGGCAGCAGACAAUUUUGAACCCCUGCGCUUUGGACACAUUUACAUAGGGAAGGAACGGAUAGGCACCACAGGAUACCAGGGUGGAUUCACAAUCCAGGUGUCUCCAGAUACACAGCGUCUUGUGAUAAACUUUGUGGACCCUUCUGAGAAGUUCAUUGACACAAUCAAGGUGUUUAUCUUUGACAAGAGAGGAGGCGCGGUCUAUCAUGACGUAAAAGUGAUGAGGAAGCAGGAACCUAUUGAUAUCAACGCGGCAGAAAGCAAUACCAUUUACCUAGGUGAAAUCAAAGACGAGGACCCCAUCGGUCAACUGGUCAUACCUCCAAACUCCUUCCAUAAAAACACAGGGGAGGUUUAUGAAGGGACCGUCAAGGCCAGCGUCACGUUCCUUGACCCACGCAACAUUACUAUGGCUGCUGCCGCUCCUGGUGAUCUCAACUUUGUAGACAACGAAGGAGACAUGUUACCUCUCAGGACAUAUGGAAUGUUUUCAGUAGAUUUCCGAGAUGAGGCAAACCAGGAGGUUCUAGGAGCCGGCGAAGUCCAAGUUCUCCUUGACACGGAGCAUGUAAAAAUGCAGGAGCACAUCCCUACUAUGAAACUCUGGUCCCUCAAUCCCGAUACAGGCAUUUGGGAGGAGGAGAGUAACUUUCAACCCAAGCAAACCACCGUUGCUGGCAGCGGGAGGAACAAACGAGAGGAGCGCACUUUCCUGAUAGGAAAUAUGGAAAUCAGGGAACGUAGGUUGUUCAAUCUCGAUGUGCCUGAGAAUCGUCGCUGCUAUGUCAAAGUGAGGGCGUACAUGAGUGACAAGUUCCUGCCCAACGAGCAACUAGAAGGAGUGGUGAUAAACUUGAUAAACCUGGAGCCCAAACCUGGCUACUCGUCAAAUCCGAGGGCUUGGGGACGAUUUGAUAGUGUGAUAACAGGACCAAACGGUGCUUGUCUUCCAGCUUUUUGUGAUGCUCAGAGGCCGGACGCAUACACGGCUUACGUCACAGCUAUAAUGGGAGGUGAGGAACUGGAAGCAGCCCCCUCAAUGCCAAAGAUGAAUCCAAACAUUAUUGGUGUGUCCCAGCCAUAUUUAGGGAAGUUAGAUUACCAGCGCUCCGAUCAUGAGGAUCCAGCACUUAAGAAAACAGCUUUCCGAAUCAACCUUGCCAAACCAAACCCGAACAAUUUUGAUGAAACGAACGGACCAAUCUAUCCAUAUCAGAAUUUAAUUGCAUGUGAAAACGCACCAGUUGAUGCCAACCACUUCCGUUUCUUCCGUGUCGAAAAAGAUAAAUAUGAGUACAAUGUAGUACCCUUUGAAGAGAGUGACCUCACGUCUUGGACUGGAGACUAUCUUUCCUGGUGGCCAAAUCCACAGGAGUUCAGGGCUUGCUACAUCAAAGUUAAGAUUCAUGGAGCUACAGAAAUCAUGGUAAGGUCAAGAAACCUUGGCGGCACUCAUCCUCAGACAAGAGGUCAGCUGUAUGGCAUUAGAGACAUUCGUAGUACCCGCGACUUGCACCAUCCGAACACCUCUGCUGCUUGUCUUGAGUUCAAGUGCAGCGGGAUGCUCUUUGAUCAAGGUAUUGUAGACAGGUCACUAAUUUCUAUCAUCCCACAAGGUAACUGCCGUCGAGUAGGCACCAACGGUCUCCUGCAAGAGUAUCUGAUAAAGCAUCCUCCUGUUUCUCAAAACAAUGAGUCUCAUGCAUUUAACAUGCUAGCUCCUGUUGAUCCACUUGGACACAACUAUGGAAUAUACACCGUCACAGACCAGAACCCACGUGUUGCCAAAGAGAUUGCCAUUGGCCGCUGCUUUGAUGGCACUUCAGACGGUUUUUCUAGGGAGAUGAAGUCAGAUUCUGGAGUGGCACUGACGUUCAGCUGCCCUAAAAGAACUGUGAAUCGGGAGAGCUUAUUCCAGCGCUUGCAAACAAAUCCUGGCCUAACACUAACACAGAUGGCACGAGAGAUGAGGGAGUCCCAGGGACUGCAAGUCAGAAGAGGGUCAACCCAAAUGGUGGCCUACCCCUUUGGCCAACAGGGCAGUAGCCAAAACCGCAGAGCCACGAACACUAACAGAAGGAGACCUGCUACAAGGACAGAACCAAGGCAGUAGAUCUUUCUUCAGGUCUUUUGGGUUGAAGAGAGUGAGGGAAAAAGACUCAAAAAACCUGCUAUUGAAAUCCCAAACUUGGCCAGCCGGGUGAUACUGGAUUCUGUGUCCUAACAGAGCAAAAUCCUCACCUGAUUUAUCCGAACACAUUUAAACUCUUUCUACUUGUGUAUGGAAAACUGUCCUCUCAUACUUCCUCAAAGUUUACUUCAUUGUUUCAGACAUUUAUUUCUAAUGAUUAGGCCAAAUACUCUACAAGGCCCUUACAGACUGACGUCAUUUAUUUAUUUUAAAUGUCAAAACUUGCUUAUGUGGAGUGUCCUACUUUUAGAUUCAUUUUCUCUAAUUGAUUAGUGUCUUCCAUUGAUGAUAGGCUAAAUAGGUGAAGUCUGUAUGGGCUGAGGUCAAGUGGGACAGCUGCUAAUCCUCUUUCAUCAACAACAUAUUCUACUCUACGGGACAAAACCCAAGGCAGCAAAGAUGCUCGUUCUGUCUCGUCUCCUUUUCCACCUCACCAUUCCAGUUGUGAUUUGGCCAACUACUGGUCUGACCAAGGCAUGACUGACCCCAGCCAAGAACAGCAUCCCUUAACGGAUCGCCAUGUAGACUAAACAAACCUGUGGUGAGACAAAGAAUAUUAUAAUGGCCCUAAACUCAAACGCAAUUUAAUGUUUUUCGAAAUACGCUCUUCAUCGUUUUGUUCAUAUGGCUGGCCUAAAUAAAAGCUUUCUUUAGAUAUGAAAUUCAACUUUUACAGUACAUCUCAGUGUAUGAUGUCUAGAUCUUAGGGUAAACUGAUUGUAUUUUGUUUCUUGUUUCUGUUUGUCUCCUAAAGUGCAAUAUUGUGUUCCAAUAAUGACUUGAGAGUCCUGACAAAAAACGUCCAAUGUUAUGAGCCAAUCAAUCAAAGGUCCGUUGGACUAUUCCCUUGGUAACUGCAUAUCUGAAUUUCAAAUUGCAUAGCACUUGUUUAUUUUAAACCUAACCCUAAUGAAUAUAAACUUGCUAAUCCUAUUCAACAUCCUCUCAUAUAGCAAACUGACAAUGCAACAUAAAUGCAGUUGCAGUAUUUUAACUCCACCCUAAAGUAACAAAAAUCCAAUUGUGUGAUUUCAACAAUUAAUGGACCAUAAAAAAAACAUGUGGACCUGCAUGAGCUGGACAACUGAGGUACAUUUUGUAGGUGGCAUUGCAAAUAGGAUUUCAUUAUGGUAAUUCUAAUUUAAUGUCUAAUCCCUGAUGCUUUGACUAUUCUGUAUUGGUUCAAAGCAGAAAGUUAAUUGAGUUGAGGGAUUACAGUGCAUGCUUUAAUAGAUAAUGGUGCAAAAGUUUAUUUUGUCUGUGUGCCAUUACCAGGACAACAGUUUUUUACAGUUGUGGCUGACUAGAAUCAUAAGGAAACAAGAAUUUUGAACUGUAAAACACAUUGCUGUAUGCCAAGUACACACUUAAAGUGAUUGAAAACCAUUGAGUCAUUGAGUCGUACAUUUGUAACUUGAAUAACUUUAAACUUUUGUAAUUUUGUAAUAUAUCCACUUAAAGUAACCUUUGGUUUUAAGCAUAUAUAUACUGUACAUUUCUAUUUUAGAGGCAAGAUGGACUUAGAUAUUGGAUGAAUAUGGUGCUAAAAAAUGGUUGGCCUCCAGUUAGCUCUCAAAAGUGUUUGUCCUCGCUUCAACUGUCUGGCUGGUCUCAGGGAGACUACAACUUUUCCAGGAAUAUCCUCUGGCAAAAUGCGCAUUGAUAACUCUACCACUACAAUACAAAGUGAGAAUACAAUAGUUGCAUCCGCGCUCUUGGAAAUCUCUUUUCAUGCUUGCUUCAAAAACAUUUUACAUGAAACAAAUCCUGAAAAUCUAUGCAAAUCAUAUUGUAACUUAUACUGCAUGAAACUUGCCAUCUUGCAAUCUCGAAAGCCAGUUUUAUGUGUAAAUUGUGGAUUACAAUUUUACCAGAAUGUAAAUAAAGAUCUCUUGUAAACAUGUUCUGU